UUAAAAAUGAUCCUGUAGUUUGUUUUUGUUUAUAUAAACAUAUUGAAUUUAUUUGUGUAUUGCAAUAUUUAAACAUUAAAGUAUAUUGGCUAGUCGUAAAAAUAAAUCAGCCAAAUAGUGCGACUUCCGAUCCAAAAAAAUCAUGAUCGUAGCACUAAACCCCAACACCAAAGUAAUCGAAACGGAUCCGAAUGGCAACGGCAAAAAAGAAAAAGACGUCAAAAGAACCAACUACUUACUCAGACAACUAGUAAUGCGUGGCAGACAAGAUUCCGACGGAGGUUGCGUGGACUCGCCAGACUUGGAAUUUAUCUACGACGAUUCCGACUCACACGGUAACGAAAUAGCCGAACUCUACAGCUACACUGAGCUGCCGGAGUUGCAGCUCAACGUCAAAGCUUUUGAAGAUCAAAUGGAAAGUUUUGGGCUUCCGCCCAGCUGGCAACGUUUGUCCGCCACCAAGCAAAAAUGCGUCGUUAUGAAACUGCUGGAUGCUUUGGAAUGUAGCAAUAAAUCCAUCAGAAUGAGAAGUGCUAGGUGUAUUUUGUAUAUUGCACAAGGUUGCUGGGCUGAAGUUCAAUCUGAUGCGGAACAACAACAAUGGGCCCGAACUAAUGCUUUGAUGUUGUUGCAAGUUGGCGCAUUUAGUGCUUUUACUGAUUUGCUGAACUUGGAAAUUGAUAAUAGCACCGCAGCACAUGUGGCUAUGAGAAAAAUUGCAGUUUCAUUAGCUGAUUCACAAGACUUGAGAGUAAUUUUAUCAGUUUUAUAUAUUAUUUCAGAAGUUAUAAGAGCUGAAAAAAACUUAGAAGAUAGUGAGUAUAAAGAGGACAUAGAGGCAUUUGUGUGCGAAUUAACUUAUGCUGAGGGUGAUGAUCAUUUAAUUAUCAAGCUACUAUCUAUGGUUACAAAGUUUUGUAGUGGAGCGGCACCUCACUUUCCCAUGAAAAAAGUAUUAUUAUUAUUAUGGAAACUGACUCUGGUAUCUUUGGGUGGUAUGGAAACUUUAAAGGAGCUCAAAGCAGAAAAGCGUCAAGAAGCUAAUUUACCCUCCUUAGACGAAGAUACAAUGGAAAUUGCAAAAACUAUGAGGUCAUCUUCGCCACCUGCCAGUGCUUCAGAUUUGCUUGAAGCACAAAAUGAAAAAAGAAACACUAGACCUUUUAGAAGAAGUUUAAUGAAACAAAGCAGCUUAGACGAUCAAGAAUCUCUUAGAAUGGAAAUGGAUACUUCUAUGACAAUGGAUAAUGAAAAUGGAGAAGAAUUGUCUGACGGAAGUGAAUAUGAUGAAAGACAACUUCAAGAUAACAACACUGAUUAUAAUAAUCAAGCUUUAAAUAUGUACAACACCCAAAUGUCUCCUUCUAUACAGCACGACAUAUUACCCAGAGGCUUACCAUGGAAAUCUAAAGUCAGACAAAGAGAUAUUGAUGCAUUUUUGGAUGCCUCCAGGCAAAAAUUUUUGGGUUAUUGUUUGCCAGGCGACCACAACACACUUUUUGGCUUACCAGAACCCAUCCACGAAGGAGUAAGGAUUUUAAACGAACACAUCUACACUUCAUUAGCUGAGUUGCAAAUACAAAAAGAAGAAGAGAUCGCCAGAAAUCCUAUUUCAAUUGCCGAAGAAAAUAUUAAAAUGACCCCUACAGAAAUACUCUAUCAGGCCAUGCUGCCUAAUUUACCUCAAUAUAUGAUUGCACUUUUGAAAAUCCUGCUAGCAGCUGCCCCUACUUCAAAAGCCAAAACUGAUUCUAUAAACAUUAUGGCCGAAGUACUACCAGAAGAAAUGCCAAUGACAGUUUUACAAAGCAUGAAACUAGGCAUAGAUGUAAACAGACACAAAGAAAUAAUAGUCAAAGCAGUUUCCGCAAUCCUCUUAUUGCUUUUGAAGCAUUUCAAACUAAAUCACAUUUAUCAAUUUGAAUUUAUGUCUCAGCAUUUGGUUUUUGCCAAUUGCAUUCCGUUGGUAUUGAAAUUUUUCAAUCAAAAUAUAAUGGCUUAUGUUGGAGCUAAAAAUGUUAUUCCCAUAUUAGAUUUUCCUUCGUGCGUUAUCGGCGACCAACCAGAACUGACUGCAGAAAGUCUGGAAAUUGGUGACGCUGCACAAUUUUCAUGGCGAAAUAUGUUUUCUUGUAUUAAUUUGCUUCGGAUUUUAAAUAAGCUUACUAAGUGGAAACAUUCGAGGAUAAUGAUGUUGGUCGUGUUUAAAUCGGCCCCUAUUUUGAAGCGGACAUUAAAAGUAAGGCAUGCAAUGACUCAGUUGUAUGUAUUGAAGCUUUUAAAAAUGCAAACCAAAUAUUUGGGAAGGCAGUGGCGUAAGUCCAACAUGAAAACCAUUAGUGCAAUUUACCAAAAAGUACGUCAUCGUUUAAAUGAUGAUUGGGCUUACGGUAACGAUUUAGAUGCGAGGCCUUGGGAUUUUCAAGCCGAAGAAUGCACUCUGAGAGCUUGCGUGGAUCGAUUCAAUAACCGCAGAUACGGACAAGUGAUUGAUAGCGAAUUCGAACCGGUGGAUAAUAAUUUUAGUAGCGUCUUGGGUAAACCGUUUGAGUUGUCUGAAAAUUUCAAGAAACAUUACGGUUUGUGGUUGGAGCAAGAAGUUCACGGCACUCCGAUUGAGUGGGAAAAGUUGUUGUCGGGUAACGAGGUCAAAAAGGAGAAAGAAGCUAUUGAAUUAAAUGCUGAAGUAGCUCCAGUAACUGUUCCAAUAACUGCCGCAGCACCAAUAGAUGCUUCACCUUCAGUAACUGUUCCAGCAGUAUCAGUAGCUGCUUCAGCAUCUUGAAUAUUUUUAAUAGGCAAUAAGGCAUAUCUAAUAAUUAGUGUGGAUGAAAUUUUAAUUUCAUAAAUGAUUUAGAUAAUAUUAUAAUAUUCAUGUAUGUAAUAAAUUAUUAUUUCCAUUGACAGUA